AUGAUGGUCACCCACGGUUGCCUCUCCUUCCAAGUUGUGCUGUGGAUCCUCUUGUCUUGGUGUGAACUCGACAAUGUGCUGGCGCUGAGCGGGUUUUCCAAAGUUUCCAAGAAGAAGAAGAAUGCUGGCGGCAGCGCUUCAAUAAUCCAGACCCGCCCUGUACAAACCAACGCCGACAUGAUCGCGUUGGCCGAUUUGAGAUACCAAGAAUGGAUGAUGGAUGACGAAAACGCCGAGACACGACCAUCGUUGACCGCUUUUCGAAUGGCCACGGCGGAAAUUCAACUCGAGCGCACGGAAGAAAAGGCGGUCGCCUUUUUGGCCACUUGGAAGGGCGGCCAAGUUGUGGGAGCGGCAGAGCUAAGCCCUAUUGAGUUAAAGGGUUGUUGGGAGGAUGACGCAAAACCAACCGCUCGGUUUUUGUAUGUGACGGAUGUUGUCACGGCCAGGACUCAUCGAAGAAAGGGUGUGGCUGCCAAAAUCAUGAAGGCGGUAGAAGAACACACUCAAAAUAAUAAUUUCCACAAUGACCCAAAGAGCGGCGAUGAUGAAUUCACAAAGCAACUCACCACAUUGCUGCUGCACGUGGAGCCGGGAAACGUGGGGGCUCUGCGAUUCUAUGGUGCAUUGGGCUACAAGGAAUCUUCAGACGAAGAUUCCUCGGUUCUAGAAGGCCUGAAUGUGGAUCAACUGGCCAAAAAUGCGUUUGUGGAGGGCCAGCUACUCCUGCUGAAAACGCUAGGUGGUUCUAGAUGA